UGGUAAACUGAGUAUUAAAUAAACUCUGAAGCCACGUACUUUUGUGUAUAGUUACAGAUUUAUUUACAAUGUUAGAGGCGCUUAUGGACUUGCAAGGAAAAGUUGCUCUGGUGACGGGCGCUGCGGCAGGCCUAGGCUUGGAGUAUGUAAAAAUAAUGCUGAAUAAUGGUAUCAAGCAUGCUGCAAUUUUGGACUCAAACCACGCUGCCGGUUCGGCAGCAGUUGGAAAAUUGAACGAAAAAUUUGGGGCUGACACCGCCAUUUUUAUUGCAUGUGAUGUAACCAAGAAAGAAGAUUUAGAAGGUGCUUUUAGAAAGACAUUAAGAACUUUCAAGAAGCUCCACAUUGUGAUCAACAAUGCUGGAAUCAUGCGCGACAGUGUUUGGGAACUGGAGAUCUCCCUGAACUUCACGGCGCUGGUGAGGACCACCUUCCUGGCGCUCGACCUCAUGGGCAAGGACAAGGGAGGCGAGGGAGGCGUCGUGGUCAACAUAGCGUCCGUCGCUGGCCUCAUCCCGGUGCCGGUACUUCCCGUCUACGCCGCUACCAAGAGGGCCGUCAUUGGCUUCAGCCAGUCCCUGGGGGUUCCAUUCCACGAAGACAGAACUGGGGUCCGCGUGCUGACGCUGUGCCCUGGGGCAACAGACACUCCCAUGAUCUCAGACUCCCGUCACUGCCUGCUGGAUGACGCUUGGUCGGAUCACCUCUCGGCAGUCAUCAGCAGUGUCUCCAUACAGAAGCCGGAAUUCGUCGCCUCUGCUUUGCUGCACAUGUUGAAGAAUGCGGAAAACGGAAGUGUAUGGGUUGUCAGGGAGAGCAAGCCUGUUUACGAGAUCAAAUUUCCAGAUUAUGAAACUUGCAAGGUGUAUCAGUCACAAGGUGGUGUUUGCCAUCGUUUUUACGGGCGUAUAAUAGGUUACAUCAUGGAUCCCCAAGGAAAAGUUGCUUUAGUGACGGGUGGUGCUACAGGCAUAGGUUUGGAGUACGUGAAAAUAUUGCUGGGUAAUGGUGUAAAGCACGUCGCCAUUCUGGAUGUGAACCUCACAGCUGGUUCCGCAGAAGUUAAAAAAAUCAACGAGACAUUUGGAGCUGGUUGCGCCAUAUUUAUAGCAUGCGAUGCCACCAAGAAAGACGACAUUGAAGAUGCUUUCAAGAAGACGGUGAGCACCUUCAAGAUACUCCACAUUGUGAUCAACAAUGCUGGAAUCAUGCGUGACAGUGUUUGGGAACUGGAGAUCUCCCUGAACUUCACGGCGCUGGUGAGGAGCACCUUCUUGGCGCUCGACCUCGUGGGCAAGGACAAGGGAGGCGAGGGAGGCGUCGUGGUCAACAUCGCGUCCGUCGCAGGGAUCGCCCCAGUGAAGAUCCUCCCCGUCUACGCUGGGACCAAGAGGGCCGUCAUCGGCUUCAGCCAGUCCAUAGGGGCUCCGUUCCACGAGGACAGGACUGGAGUCCGCGUGCUGACCCUGUGCCCGGGCGUGACCGACACGCCGCUCAUCAGCGAAUCGCCUCGUUACCUGCUGGACAAGGCGUGGGCGGACGAGCUGUCGACGUCACUGCGCAAGAUACCGACCCAGAAGCCGGAAUUCGUCGCCACUGCUUUGCUGGAAAUUCUGAAGAACGCUAAAAGUGGAAGCGUAUGGAUCGCUGAAGGUGGCAAGCCUGUAUAUGAGAUAAAAUUCCCACACUACAAAACUUUAAAAAUUUAAAAUUACACUUAAAUGGAGAAACUUACGGAGGAAAUGCCUUACAUAACUGAUGAUGCCACAGCUAAAGAAUAUAUUAUGUUCCUUAUCUGCUAUUUGAUUGCUUUCUAAUAAAAUUCCUAUUGUAAUUUCAGAGUUUUAUUAUAAAACAAAAUCAUCAACCAUUAGUCAGAUUAUGAGUACUUGCAUGCUUACAAACCAGUUUGGUAAUCACAUUUAUUAUUUUGGUAUAGCAUACUAUCGAAUGUUAUCAAUGAGCAUCGUUACUCGGCACAACUAAACUAUGUUUAGGUAGCCACGAUAUCACAGCAUAGGGUUUUUGUACGCCUGCAGAUGACCUUAAAUGCCGCCUGCGGGAUGAGUUUGGUGUAUCACCGUGCCAACAGUAUUUGCAGGGGUGGAAGUCCUACCCAAAAUCAGUGGGCUGACAAGCUGAACAACAAAUAUUUUUGUUGCAACAAAAACAGAAAAUGCAAACAACAAUAUUGGACAACGUUGCAACAGACAGUGGAACCCAACGACGAUACCAAACACAAGAGACUGUAGCAUCGGGCUUGUGAACCCAGCGAUGGAAUUAAAAAGGCAUUCUGAUAGCACCACGAAGACAGCAGAGGUGAAAGUGGUAGUCAUGUGGGAGGGGCGAUGGGGACAAUAGCUCCUCCCAAAUAGUCCCCAUAACUAAAAAUGUAUUUUCAAUACAUCAGAAUUUGGUUAAAACAGCCAAAUUAAUCAUUUAUUUUUCCAAAUCUCUGACUCUCCAUUUAACUGGGAAGUAUUCCAUAUCGACCACCCAAAUUUCCCGGACACACCCGUCCCCCACAAAAAAUUUAGAUAACCCACAAAAAAGAAAAGCCCCUCCCAAAUCCAAAGUUGGAUCUGCCCCUGACAGACGAACACAGUAGGUUUCUUAAGACAAAACCGUUGCGACGUUUCGAAAACUGAGAUAUGUUCCCAUCUUCAGGUACAAACAGGCUAUGGACAUUGUCAUGUAGCCUGGCUCGAAUUUGGCAGUUCUUAAAAGUAUAACCAAUGGACAAGAUAGCCUUCCGCCGCUGUUGCUCCGUCGAGAGUGUAUGUAAACAACAUCAUCAUGCGAUGAUUUGCUAGUGACAGUUGGGAACUGCUGAAUCUGAGGCAAGUCACAUGACACCAGAGGUGGUACAACACUUUUUGGACGCCCUGGGCUGUGCACUUAUGCAGGACCCUAGUGUUUUAGGGCGCUUACCGGAGAGACUUUUGGGUAUGGAAUAGCCAACCGAAAAGAAAAAUGUUUCAAACCAACCUGAAACUAAAAUUUAUCUUAAGAAAUAUCGAUAUUCUCUCGUAAUAAAUUAUAGUUCGGUUAGUUUUAUAAAUGCCAACGAUAAAUUGCCGUUGAAAUAAAGUAAUUAUAUUGUAAUGGCAUAAAAUACUGUAGGAUACCAGUGAAAGCUUUUUUUAUAUAAUAAAGAAUAACUAGCCAGACAAUCAGGACCGGCGGGACACGAUGAGGAAAUGACAAAACACAGCAGGAAACAUUGAAGGACAGGUGAAGCGAGAGUUGCGGAAACAAUGUUUGCGAACGAUAGCAUAACACGGCCGCGGAAACAAACAGGUUUGGUUGCCACUCGCGCUCAGCUGGCGCGACCUUGGUCACAGCGCAGCGAAACUCGGCCAUGUGCACAGAAAAGGGAAGGAGGGGGAGUGUGUAAUGACAUCAGGAGCGGCGCCGAAGAGGAACUGUUUAUGUUAUUAACAACAGACACAAACAGGGUCAGGAGGAGAUUCUUAUACCGGGAAAAUUUAUUCGAGAAGGGAGAGUCACAGCACAGAGUCAGUGGGAAGCCACGCUACUCCGCCGCCAGGACGACGAUUGAUGUCGGAUACAUCCAUGAAUUUCAUUGGCUGAAACUAGCAGUAAACCGACUUCGCACCAGCCGCGUGCGCAGUCGUGCACAUGGCCUGCUGCGCACUCGCUCAUGUGCCCGACCACGAGCUGUGUACGCGUCAGAAUGAAAAGGCCCGGGUGACCCAACGCGGCACGGACGCACUGUGGACCCGAGCGCGCUUAGUCACGCACCAGCAGCCGCACGGAGCGGACGUUCAACAUCCCGUUCCCGCGACGAGUUUGAGAAGAAUUCCAGUGGAAUCAUUAAUAGCGCGUGAUCAGCCGAGUUCGCAACGAAGAGUCAGCCCGCAGACGCAAUUGUAG